AUGGCGUCGGCCAGAAUCCCGCCUUUGCUGGAGCCGUACCUGCGGCUGCCGCCCGAGGCGGCUCUUGUGGUUCUGACCAGCGUGCUGGGGUGCAGCGCAAACUGGCUCGUCUUGCGCUGGGCAUAUGGCCUGCUGAGCGGGCGGCAGCAGAGCGGGCGGCAGCAGAAGGGGCAAGCUGCGGACGACGGAGAGGGCGACGGCGAUGCUGCCGUGGUUCUGUGCAGUUUCCUGCAAGACGGGGCGUUUUGGAGGGAGGGGUUGAGCAGCUUGGGCCUCGACCUGGAUAACCUGCAAGCCGCCAAGCGCUUCUCCUUUGUGGACGGCCUGACGGGCCUCUACGCCCCGGAUCCGGAUCCGGAACCCGCCACCGGCGCGGGCAGGCACCACGUCCUGCUGAGCAGCACCGUGGACCACGUGGCCAGGACGCUGGAAGCCGCCAUCGCCGAGGUGUCCGGCGGCGGGCGGCGGGUCGUCCUGGUCAUGGACCACAUGGACGCGUGGCUGGCCACCGCGGACGAGUCGGCCUCGGACGUGGCCGCCAUGCUGGCCGCGCUGAGGGAGAGAGUCCACGCCGCGGUUGUGACGGUGGCGGCUGACGAGGCCCUCGUGCAGGCGCAGAACACGACGCUGGAGAAGGAGCACGCGGCGCUUGUCUUGUCGCUGGCCCACGAGGCGCACCUGGUCGUGGGGCUGAGGAGGCUGGAUACAGGGACGUCGGGGGACGUCAGCGGCGUGGUGAGGAUGACGGGCGGAGGGAGGCGGGCGGGCAGGCUCGAGGACGCCGAGUAUCUGUAUCGGUUCUCGGGGGAUGGGGGGGUGAAGGUGUUUGAGAGGGGAGCCUGA